GACAAUGCGGCUCGUCAGAGAAGCGCGAGGACACCAGAGGCUGCUGCUGUCCGCGCGCACAGGUCCGAGGGAUCUUCGGGAAUGAUGACGCCAUUUACGCGGAGAACUAAUUGGUUCUUAGGCGCUUCUGUCACACCUGUUGAUGUGUAACGAGUUACGGUGGCGGUAAGACCCGGAGUUUGGCUGAAGUUACCUGGAUGCCCGGAAGCGGGAAACGUGAUUUUAACGUGAGUUUCUGAGGACACAACGGGAGGAAGCGGGCACCGAGCCUCACGCUCCCGUUCACGGUAACGGUCCGUGAGCCGGAGCACGCGCAGGCUGUUUGUUCGGCUUGUUUUGGCAGCACAAGCCCUGCGCUGAUAAUUACACAAACGCGCGUGGGCGGCGUGAGCGCGCGUGCGUGGAUGAGCGAGAGAGAGCACGAGCGAGAGAGAAAGAGAGAUAGAGAGAGGGUGCUGGUGGACCGUGAGGACCGCGCGCGCAGAGCUCCUCUCCUCGGCUCGUGUCGACUCCUCUCGCCGCCUCUCUUUGAUCUUUUUCGGCCACUUAGUGCGCAGAAGCCCGGGAGCCUCCACGGAGUGCGCGAGCCCGCAGACAGGUGUGCACGGCGCAGUUAUCGGAGCGGUCUAUCGUCACGGGCUGUGACAUCAGAGCCGCGCGUGGGCGGCGGGCUGCCGUUACCAGAGGAGUUACCGAGGAGUUACCGGAGUGUUGGGGCUCGCGGGGCCGGGAUGGUACUCGUGCAACAAGCGGCAGGCUCGCGCGGCGCGGAUGCCGUGGCUCCUCGCGCGGGAUCCCAGCUGUGCCGGUGAGCGGGUGCUCUCUCUGCGGGGCGCGGGCCGGCCACGAGCCGCCGGAUUUACGGACCUGUCCCGAGAACAGUCCCCUCGCGCCUCCUCGCGCUCCUGCGUUUUCCCGCUGCGUGACCGCACGGACCCCGGCGCCGGCAUGGGCGGGCGCUCCGGCCUGCCCCUCCGCGUGCUGUGGAUACUCCACGCGUUCCUGGACCUUGCGGGCUCCCAGGAGAUUUACGCGCCGCACUCCAUCCGCGUGGAGGGCGACGUGACGCUGGGGGGGCUUUUCCCGGUCCAUGCCAGGGGGGUCCCGGGGACGCCGUGCGGGGACAUCAAGAAGGAGAACGGCAUCCACCGGCUGGAGGCCAUGAUGUACGCGCUGGACCAGAUCAACGGCGACGAUGAGCUUCUGCCCAACGUCACGCUGGGCGCGCGGAUCCUGGACACCUGCUCGCGGGACACGUACGCACUGGAGCAGUCGCUGACGUUCGUGCAGGCGCUCAUCCAGAAGGACACGUCGGACGUGAGGUGCACCAACGGGGAACCUCCGGUGUUCGUGAAGCCCGAGAAGGUGGUGGGGGUCAUCGGGGCCUCGGCCAGCUCCGUGUCCAUCAUGGUGGCCAACAUCCUGCGCCUGUUCCAGAUCCCUCAGAUCAGCUACGCCUCCACGGCGCCAGAGCUGAGCGACGACCGGCGGUACGACUUCUUCUCUCGGGUGGUCCCUCCGGACAGCUUCCAGGCUCAGGCCAUGGUGGACAUCGUCAAGACCAUGGGCUGGAACUACGUCUCCACGGUGGCGUCAGAGGGCAGUUACGGCGAGAAGGGCGUGGAUGCCUUCAUGCAGCUCUCCAGAGAGGCGGGUGGAAUCUGUAUCGCUCAGUCCCUGAAGAUCCCUCACGACCACAAACCCUCCGACUCCGAUAAAAUCAUCCGCCAGCUGCUGGACACUCGGUACGCCAGGGCGGUCAUCCUGUUCGCCUCCGAUGAAGACAUCAGGGGCAUCCUGAACGCCAGUAAGCGAGCGGACCAAGUGGGUCAUUUCCUGUGGAUCGGCUCCGACAGCUGGGGCGCCAAAAACAGUCCCAUCCAGCACCUGGAGGACGCCGCGGUGGGAGCCAUCACUAUCCUGCCGAAGAGGGCCACCAUCAGCGGGUUCGAUGCCUACUUCACUUCGCGGACUCUGGAGAACAACAGGAGGAACGUGUGGUUUGCCGAGUACUGGGAGGAGAACUUCAACUGCAAACUGAUGAGCUCCUCCAAGAAGGACGAGAGCAGCAGGAAGUGCACAGGUCAGGAGCGCAUCGGCAUCGACUCAAAGUACGAGCAGGAGGGGAAGGUGCAGUUCGUCAUCGACGCCGUGUACGCCAUGGCCCACGCUCUCCACAACAUGCAGCGUGACAUGUGUCCCGAGAACUCCGGCAUCUGCCCCGAGAUGGAGAUCGCCGGGGGCAAGAAACUGCUCAAGUACAUCCGCAGCGUCAGCUUCAACGGAAGUGCUGGUACGUCUGUGACGUUCAACCGUAACGGCGACGCUCCCGGGCGCUACGACCUGUUCCAGUAUCAGUGGAACAACGUGACCGGGCCGGGCUACCGCAUGAUUGGACAGUGGACGGAGACGCUGCAGCUCCAUAAGGAGGACAUGCAGUGGCCUCGAGGAGAACAGGAGGUUCCCACCUCCGUGUGCAGCCUUCCCUGUAAAACUGGCGAGAGGAAGAAGGUGGUGAAAGGCAUGCCCUGCUGCUGGCACUGCGAGCCCUGCGACGGAUACCAGUUCCAGCCCGACGAGUUCACCUGCAAGCUGUGCUCCUACAACAUGAGGCCCAGCGCCAACCGCACGUUCUGCCAGCCCAUCCCCAUCACAAAGCUGGAGUGGCACUCGCCCUGGGCGGUGAUUCCAGUUUUCCUGGCAAUGCUGGGCAUCAUCGCGACAAUCUUCGUCAUGGCUACGUUCAUACGGUACAACGACACGCCGAUCGUCCGGGCAUCUGGCAGGGAGCUGAGUUACGUCCUCCUGACUGGGAUAUUUCUGUGCUACAUCAUCACGUUCCUCAUGAUCGCCAAGCCAGAUGUCGGCGUGUGCUCGUUCAGAAGGAUUUUCCUCGGUCUGGGGAUGUGCAUCAGCUACGCCGCCCUCCUCACCAAAACCAACCGCAUCUACCGAAUCUUCGAGCAGGGCAAGAAGUCUGUGACGCCGCCGAGGCUGAUCAGUCCCACCUCGCAGCUCGCUAUCACCUCCAGCCUAAUCUCGGUCCAGCUCUUAGGGGUGUUAAUCUGGUUCGGGGUGGACCCGCCCAACACCAUCAUAGACUUCGACGAGCAGAAGACCCUCAACCCCGAUCUGGCUCGAGGGGUGUUGAAAUGCGACAUCACGGAUCUCCAGAUUAUCUGCUCGUUGGGUUACAGCAUCUUACUGAUGGUGACGUGUACUGUUUACGCCAUAAAGACCCGCGGGGUCCCGGAGAAUUUUAACGAGGCCAAGCCCAUCGGCUUCACCAUGUACACCACCUGCAUCGUGUGGCUGGCCUUCAUCCCCAUCUUCUUUGGCACGGCGCAGUCGGCAGAAAAGCUGUACAUCCAGACCACCACGCUGACCAUCUCCAUGAACCUCAGCGCGUCCGUGGCCCUCGGCAUGCUCUACAUGCCCAAAGUCUACGUCAUCAUCUUCCACCCGGAGCUCAACGUGCAGAAGAGGAAACGAUCCUUCAAGGCCGUCGUCACGGCCGCCACCAUGUCGUCCCGGCUGUCGCACAAGGCCAGUGACCGGCCCAACGGAGAGGCCAAGACGGAGCUGUGCGAGAACGUCGACCCCAGCAGCUAAUUUCAUAAUUUAUCAGAGGUCCAGCAGCUAAGAAGAAGUACGUGAGCUACAACAACCUCGUGAUCUAACGGCGCUCCUCCGUCACUGCAGAGCGAGAUGUCUGAUCUCCUGCAAGAAGGACGAGCAACGGGAGAAAAGCGGCGACGUGCAGGACUUUUUCUUUCUCUUCUUUUGGUCUCAUGUGCUUCACCGCCCAUCGGAGACGUUCAGGUGCAAAGCGGAGCGUGGUGGGACGACCUCUGAACUCUGACCCCUCCGGGUCGAGAAAAGCUCCAGAAAUAAAAAUCUAAUUGUUUUGUCGUUGAA